GAUCCUAAACAAUGAGACUACCUAUUUUAUUAAAUUAUGUUUUUAUUGAUUUAAAGUAAAUAUGUGUGAUAAUACUUAAUUUGCCCUUUCGCACAUAGCCUGAUCAUUGCCAUAACUGCACCAGCCUGGGGUGAUGGGGUAGGAAGGCGAGCAGGUGUGGGGAUGCCCAGUGCUGUGUGCGGUGCUGCGGUGACGAGCACACUGUAAUGAGUCUGAUGUGUCAGUCAGUACACACUGUACAUCGUACCCUGAGCGUGGUGAGCGUCAGGCCGGUCUCGGUGCUCAUGUCCUGCUUCGACUUUCAGAGCAAUGGAGAAAGACCCUUUCCAUGCAAAUUGUCUACCUGUGCAUAUAGGGACACUUGUGGAGCUGAAUAAAGCAAAUGAGCUUUUUUAUCUUUCUCAUAAGUUGGUGGAUUUAUAUCCUAGUAAUCCUGUGUCCUGGUUUGCAGUGGGAUGCUACUAUCUCAUGGUUGGUCAUAAAAAUGAACAUGCCAGAAGAUAUCUCAGCAAAGCUACCACGCUGGAGAAGACCUACGGGCCUGCGUGGAUAGCCUACGGGCACUCCUUUGCAGUGGAGAGUGAACAUGACCAAGCCAUGGCUGCCUACUUCACAGCGGCCCAGCUGAUGAAAGGGUAGGGCGGGGCGGGCUCCACUCCAGAGGGGCUUGUUCUCCUAACAAGGAGAGUUUUGAUGUUUCUGUCACUGCCCUGUGGUUGCUAAGCAACAAGAAUGCCUUCUGUGCAUCUUGUUAGUAGUUUAUGACUGUGAAAUAUCAGUGGGAAUUGAGGGAGGAAGCAGGUGGUAUGAUUUUUGCUUUAAGGAAAGGCUGCUGGGUAGUUAGGCGAGGGGAGAGAUGAGAGGGAAGCGCGUUUUCAUG